UUUAUAUUAUCUUCUUCGAUACGACGAUAAUGAUAUUGUUAUUAUAUUAAUCGCCGUGAAACUUUGUAAGUGUAUUCCAAUUUGCGUUUAAUAAUAACUAUGUUGAUAGUAUAAUCUAUAAUGUGUUAGGGCGCCAACCCGGCCGGCCCGCCUCACCUCCCCCCCACCCCCGCGCUAGACAAUAGCAGCUUUUGAAAAAUAUCAAAUUCGGAUCUGAAUUCGUGGAAAAUGACUUUGGUCCCGAUUCAGCUUCUAUACGCGAUAUAAAAACUAUUAACUUAUUACUCGAUGGUGUAAUACUAAUAUUUACUUUAAUUAAUUUUUUUGUCUUAUGAUUUAUGUUUUUUACUAUGCGUGUCGGGGCCGCCCCAACUUUUUUUUUUUUAAUUUGCUUACCAAUUUUUGAUUUAUUAAUUAACAUAAUAUUUUAACUGCUUAUGUUAGUACGUUACUGGCGAUAUGUUGUUCGCGCCAGUAAUGCUUGAUUUUGUUUAAUUUCGACGACGAUAAUAUUUCGUUAUCGAAUAACGAAACGUCGUUGGAACGGCGGCGGUGUCUCCACCGCCGUGGCCUCCACGACUUUUCGCCGUAAUUUAUCGAUAAGUAUUACACGCGUAUAUACUUGUCUCAUACUUUUUCCUAUAUAUUUAUAUUAUACGAUUGAUAUAUAUAUAUAUAUAUAUAUAUAACUGUGUUGUAAAUAAAAUAUUUUAAAAUUCUCGAUGAUGAUGAUAAUAAUAAUAAUAACUAUUAUUAUUUUUACCUACAUAAAAUAUCGAUUAUUAUAUUCACGCAUAACUUGAUGAUAAUAAUAUGUUGUUUGAAAUUAAAUUUACAUAACACGUAUUUACCUAUUAUUAUAAAAAUUAUUAAAAUAAACCCUAUUGUUGUUAUUAUAAUAUCUAUCUAUCUAUUAUUAUUAUCAUUAUUAUUAUUAUUAUUAUUAUUAUUACAAAAUACGAUAAUUAUUGUAUUAAGCCGUAGUAAUAAUCCCGUGUUGCGCCAGUGUGUGUGUGUGUGUAUGUGUGUGUAAGCCGUAUGUGUGAGAGAGAGCACAUUAUAUGACAACAUUGUGCGUCGUUAACAGCAGCUCGACCAUAAUAAUAAUAAUUAAUUCAAUAAUAGCGAAUUUUUUUCCCGUAAUGACCCGAUUCAAAACUGUUACUCCGUUCGGUAUACAUUUUCUCAUAUUUUAAUUUCGUUUUGUCGCUGUUCGCCUACAGCAGAUCACCUUUAAGUCGUAAUCAACAUAAUUAGUAUCCUCUUGCAGCGUACGUAUAUGCGUGUUAUGAUAAUAACAAUAAUAGUUUUCGAGUCUACCGUUUCUCGGUCCUCAUCAGACUCUUAUUAUACAGUAAUCGGUUUUAAUGGCUGUUUACAUUUUUUUUUUUUUCUAUCAUUAGAUUUACUCUCUAAAUAUAAUAAUGACCGGUCACAGUUUUUUGGGUUCGAUUUUCCGCUACCGACCGGCGCGCCGAGACGAUAGUUUUUUUUUUUUUCGUGUCCACCCUCUCGACCCCCACCCACCAGAUGGAGAACACACCACUUCGCCGUCGCGGGGUCGAGAGAUUAUAACUGAAAUGCACACACGCGCUCGCACACGCAUACAUAAUAUUAUAAUAUAUAAUAUGUAGUGACCUACGCUUUGUUGUUAUGUAUUUUUUAUCAUGUGUACACGCGCGGCAAAACGUGUGUAACCAAACCUGUUGACCCGUUUUUAUUUAUUUAUUAUUAUUAUUAUUAUUUUUCUCAUUUUUUUUUUUUAAGUAGUCUUUAAGUGCCAAAAUAAAUGUUUGAAUGUGUUUAAGAAAAAAAAAAAUUGUCACUCGUAUUAUGCUGAAUUAUUCAUGAAUAAUUUUGUAUAAUAACAUAAAAAUAGCUUUGAAACAUAUGUGUGUAUAUUAUAUAUGUAUAUGUAUACAUAUCUUGUGUAUGUAUAUUUAUGUAUAUACAUAUAUGUAUACUUGUAUGUAUUUAUAUUAUGCUUGUGUUGAACUUGUAAAACAAAAAUGUCAUGUGAAAUUUACUUUGGAAAAAAAAUUAUUAUAUUCGAAAUAAAUUUGACCUGAAACACGGGUUUGAUAUCAAGAAAA